AUGGUUCUCGUCCUCGUCAUUGGUGACCUCCACAUCCCAACCCUCACACAUGACCUCCCCGCCAAGUUCAAGAAGCUCUUAGUACCAGGCAAGAUUGGGCAAAUCAUCUGUACUGGAAAUGUCGACGACAGAGAAACGUAUGAUUAUCUGCGGACGAUAGCGCCGGAGGUCCAUGUCGUCCGGGGCGAGUUCGACGAUAACACCCACUUCCCAAUGUCCCUCAUCAUCCCCCAUCAGUCCCUCCGUAUAGGCGCCAUCCACGGGCAACAAAUAGUUCCCGCGGGGGACACAGAUAUGCUCGCUGCGCUGGCGCGGCAGAUGGAUGUCGAUGUGCUCAUUAGCGGUGGGACGCACCGGUUCGAGGCGUUUGAGUCGGAGGGGAGGUUCUUUAUCAAUCCGGGGAGCGCAACGGGAGGGUGGAGCGGGCUGUGGACGGGAGACGCAACUCCAUCAUUCGCAUUACUAGACGUCCAAGGACCCGUGAUCGUCACAUACGUCUACCAGCUCAUCGAAGGAGAGGUCAAAGUAGACAAGGUCGAGUACCGCCGUCCCGAACCACCAAAGGAGAGUGUCCGUGCACCAGAAGCAGCAGCCCUGCAGUCGCCCGUACAGGCCGGGUCGGGAUGGUAG